UUUAGCUUAAAUAUUGCCUAAUUUGGAAACAUUGACAGAUUAACGAAAAAACAUUAUUGUAUCUGAUUGAUUUGGUAUAAAAAACAAAACGUGACCCUCGUGUUAAUUGUUAUGCACGAUAAUUAUUAAAAUUACCAGUAAAUCAAUCAUAAUAUUAUAAUUUUUAUCAACAUCAGGCCAUGAUAAAAUAGACACACUGAUUAUUCUUUAACAAUAAACCUUACACAGUUAGUUAUAUACUCAUCAGUAAAUAACUGGUGGCUGAAGUCAACGGUCUAAUAAAAAUAUUUUUUUCAAAAAAGUAAAAAUAUGGAAACUCCGAAGCAAGAGCGUAAAGAUGGCCUGCAAGAUGGUCACGAACCUCCUCCUAAAAAGCAAAUCGACUUAGAUGAUGUCCUCACAAAUGAGCUAGGUCAGUUCGGAAGGUUCCAGCUGAGGAAUUUUCUCCUCGUCGCCAUACCCAUUAUAAUGUCGGCUUUCAUGAGUGAAUUCAUCUUCUCUGCUGCAGCGAUUCCUCACAGAUGUCAAGUGCCGGAGUGCGGAGAGUAUGGGAAGAGGCAUGAGUUUGAACCGGAAUGGAUCUCGAAUGCCAUACCGGAGUCAGGGUCAGGGUUCGCCAGCACCACGAGGUUCGCGCCCGUGGCCAACCUGACGCAGAACGGAACCUUAGAAUACUGCCCCGCGCAGUUGUUCGAUAGGAACACCACCAUCGGUUGCGAUGGAUUCGUAUACCUCAGAUUCAAUACAGUUGUUUACGAUUUUGACUUGGGAGGUCAAGAAUGGCUCCGAGCUCUGGCGGGGACCCUGAACAGUGUGGGGACGCUGCUCGUGCUUCCUCUGACGGGAUACGUCUCAGAUCGCUUCGGCCGCAGAAUCGCUCUCGUCAUAAGCGUAUUCAACUUGGCCACAAUCGGUCUCAUUAGAUCCUUCUCAGUGAACUACCCGAUGUACUUGUCUCUGCAAAUAUUACAGACCACUUUGGGCGCUGGCACUUUCAGUUCUGCGUAUAUUUUUGCUGCCGAGUUAGUUGGACCUAAAUAUAGAGUACUGUCAAGCGCCACUUCGACAUCCAUGUUCGCGUUGGGUCAGGUCAUCCUCGGCAGCGUGGCGUGGCUCAUCGAGCCCUGGAGGUACAUGAUCAUGGCCCUGCACAUCCCGUGCUUCCUGAUCAUCUCCUACUACUGGAUCCUCAGCGAGAGCGUCAGGUGGCUGCUGGCCAAGCGCAAGUUUGAUGAAGCUAAAGUAGUUCUGGAGAAAGUAGCUAAAGUCAACAGGAAGCAGAUCAGUGAGAAGUCCAUGCAAGCCCUGCUGAACCCUCCCCAAUCACAGGCGAAGGAAGGAAGUCCCAAUCUUAUUAAGGCUAUCAUCGGUUCUCCAGUCUUACUUCGAAGAGUAUGCACGACUCCCAUUUGGUGGAUAACGGCAACUUUCGUCUACUACGGCCUCUCCAUCAACUCCACGAGCCUCUCUGACACGAUGCAUCUGAACUACAUCUUGACCUGCGCUAUAGAGAUCCCCGGCUUCUACACCGCCGUGCUGGUGUUGGACAGGAUUGGCAGGAAAGUCACUCUGUGCAUAGCGUUCUUCUUCAGCGCUGCGUGCAACAUUGCCUUCGUUUUCAUUCCACACGAUUUGUUUGCGCUUCGUUUGGUCAUCUUCCUUCUGGGCAAGUUCGGUAUCUCUACGGUGAUGACGUCAGUUUACUUGUACACGUCCGAGCUGUACCCCACGGAGUACAGACACAGCUUGCUGGCCUUCUCGUCCAUGGUGGGCCGCAUCGGGUCCAUCACGGCACCACUCACUCCUGUCCUAAUGAAAUACUGGCACGGCAUACCGUCUAUGAUGUUCGGCGCCAUGGGAAUUAUCUCUGGAUUCCUCGUCCUCACGCAGCCGGAGACGCUGGGGACUAAGAUGCCUAACACCCUGGCUGAGGCGGAGGCAUUAGGAAAACCAGAAUCAAAAGCAGAACGAUCGAAAUGAACUAAACAUAACUAAUUUAGAAUGUAAAUAAAAGUAGAUUAAGAGAAAAUAUUGUGAAUGCGAGAACAAAAACUGUAAAUAUGUUGUAAAUGGUAUUAAUAUAUUAUAAGUAGAAAUAAGUUAAUGUAACUUUUGAUACGUUGGCACUGGUAAAAUUAUGCGCAUACUUAAAAACAGGUUGUGUUGAACCCUGUAAAUAGAUUCACCGUUGAUAGAAGCUUAAAUCUAAGAGAGAAAAUUUUCGAAAUUUGAAGGUCUUAACAAGCCUGCAGUGUGUUUAAAGAUCUGAUCCCCAGUUCAUUGUAUUUCCAGAACAAGAUAAUUUAAUCAAAUAAUUUCACAUUUGAUUACCAGAUUUUCAUUUUUUUCUAACAUAUGCAUAUUAAAUAACCUAAAGUUACCUUUUAAUCAUCUUUUUGAGGAAGUUUCAAAUCUAGUUUAAGAGAUAAGAUAUAGUUAUUUCCUACAUUACAGCAUUGUUGCGAAGGCCAGUGAAGUCUAAAUAAAAAUACCUCAGCAGAGAUAAAAGUGAACAUACUUACUACUUAAUUUACAAUAUUAAUUAGUCAUAGAAUUUUCCUAAUCGAUAUACAGUUGUUAUCAGUUUGAUAAGAACUGUAUACCAAUUAGUAAAAUUCUAACGAUAGUGUGAAAUAAUCCUGUAAGACAAUACGAAUUAGCAGCUUUAUCGGUAACUAUGCUAGUACGGCUCCCGGGCCUAUUGUUUUUAUUCUUUAUCAUAAUCCUCUGUCUGAUGAUUGAAACGAACAAUCAAUCAUAGUAAUUAAAAUUGAAGAAGCAACUGUGGUAGAUUAGUAGGUGUCAUACUAACAUUCUUUUCUUAUAUAGGAUAAUUAGCUAAAUUAUCUCUUGGUUUGAGCGUAAUUCAUAAUGCAUUUGUUAUGACAUUUGUAGGCAACGUAUUGUUUUGAAUAAAUUAGUGAAUUUAUAAUUAGGUCAGACUAACGUUUAUUUAUUUAACUAAUAUUAUGGAAUUAUAUUUUAGAAAAUAGUAAAUCUGAUACUUUAAUUUGUAAAUAAAUGUAUAUGAAAUUUCUAUCAACAUUUUUCUCUGGAUAUCCAAAUUAUUCCUUUAAAU